CGGGGCGAGUGGACUCUGCUUCCGCCACGAGGGCGCUAGGGCUUGGGUCGCCGAGAGGUCACGCCCCCGGUCCGGCAGUGUGGACUGCUCCGUGCCCGUCCUCCGCCCUUACCGAGGCCGUAGCGCCGAUCUGCGCGGACAGCGGGGCGCUGGGAGUCGCGGCAGCUGGCGCCCCAAGUCCCGGCGCCCGCCGGCUGCGCCAUGGUCCAGCUCACUACUGUCCUCUGCAAGGCCUACCGUGGAGGCCACUUAACCAUCCGUCUUGCCCUGAGUGGCUGUACCAACCGGCCUUUCUACCGCAUUGUGGCUGCUCACAACAAGUGCCCCAGGGAUGGCCGUUUCGUGGAGCAGUUGGGCUCCUAUGAUCCACUGCCCAACAGUCAUGGAGAGAAAAUUGUUGCUCUCAACCUGGACCGGAUCCGGCAUUGGAUUGGCUGUGGGGCUCACCUCUCUAAGCCUGUGGAGAAACUUCUGGGUCUCGCUGGCUUCUUUCCUCUGCAUCCCAUGAUGAUCACAAAUGCCGAGAGGCUGCGAAGAAAACGAGCACAGGAAGUUCUCUUAGCAUCUCAGAAAACAGACACAGAAGCUACAGAAACAAAAACGAGCUGACUUCAGCCAAUCUUGAGCAGAGCAUUGGGGAAAAGGUCAAAGUCCUCUUAAAAUACUUGUGCAGACCACUUAGUUUUAUUAGAUUUGGAGGUCAAUAAAUGGAGUUUUCUAAGUCACCCAUGCUCUUCUUAGCCUGGCCUGAGCAGGGCUGAGGGAGAGAUUUGUUCUCUCUGACAUAGAGCUGGGUCUAGGUACUAAUUUGGUUUUUCAGUCUUCAUCUGGAGAAAGACAGUGACUGUGGGGUGUGUUGAACUUUUUAGUUGAGCCCAGGAUCUCUGGGACUAGCUUUACAAUCUGCUGCCUUCCAAGACCCCUGUUUGAAAGCCCCCAGCCAGCCUGUCCAUGGUCCCUCAGAGUAAUUCCUUUCUAAUCAUUUAUGGACACAGUUAUUUUGCUUAUUAUUUUUUUUGGAAUUACAGAUUUAUAUUGUCUUGUUUGACACAUAAUCUCAGAUUUACAAAGGUAGAUUUUUUAAUGAGCUUUUAGGCUAUAAUAGCCUAUGUUAAGAAUGAGAAAGUGGAAGAAAGGUAAUAUUGAAAAGUACAUUCUUAACUCUUUACAAGUAGGGUUAUUUGUGAAGAUGAUUCAGUAUCAUGAAAGUGGGUAGGAUUGUCUCCAUUUUAUUGAUGGAAGGCUGAGGUUCAGAGGUAAAAAUUUGACCAAGGCCACCUAUUUUCAUUUGGGCAAAGCUAAGAUUCAGAACCCACUAUGCAUACCUGGAGAGCCCUGUCCAGCAUAUUUUAGUGUCUGGGGCAUAGUGGGUGUGAGAUGAGCAAAGAUGAGGGGCUUUUCAAAAGUCCACUUUAAAAGCCAUUGAUAGAAUGAAGUUUAGAUGUUAUGAAUUGGGAAAUAUAAAUGAUGGGCUGUCCCCCACACCCAAAAUGUAACAUUAUCUGCUCCACCAGUUUGCAGGACAACCAUACACAUGGAUUGGAGGAUUAUAGUGCAUACCCUGGAUAGUAAGGAUUUCAAAUUCUGGCAUGAGACUAUGGUGGGGAGAUUUAUAGAGGAGAUACUAAGGCGCUAUUACGUAUCCGCUUACUUUAUUCUCUGGGUUUUGUAUUCCGAGAACAAUUACCUGCCAUCUCUUUAUGGUAUCAUCAAGUCUCUCCCAGGGUCACUGGUUGGCCUUGCUUUGAGGGGACUGGGAAGGCAGGGCAGGCUGAGAAGAACUGACUACCUGGAUUUCUCUUGGAUCUGGGAAAGAGAAAUGCUAUGAAAACCAUGGGAACUCUGGAAGUUACAGAUAAUCUCUGGAGAGUUCAAGAUCUUUGGAUAAACUAAUUGUAGAGCAGAGAAGAAUGAUUCCAAAAGGUAUUGACAAUAAGGGGAACUGCUGGGAAAUGGGUUAAGCUAAGGUUUUAUUUGAACCUACUGAGUUUUUGCCAAUUCAAGUAUUCACUGUGUGCCCUGGUUAUCCUUUGUCUACGAUCUGUAUACACACACUUCCUGUGUGAGCUCAUCCUUUCCGUGGUUUCCAAAGUUUUCUCAAGCUCUGGUCUUGCUUUGAUCUCCUGACAGUUUCUCACCACCUUCUAGUUGAUUCUGUCAGCUUAUCUUGCUGUCCUCUCAAAUCCAACAUGCUCAAACCCAGCUCUGCACCUCAGAAAGCAUUUAAAAAAUAAAUUAAAUAAAAACGC